AUGGCUUCCAGCGGGGUCGGGUUGAACGCUGGCGGCUCCGCGAAUGAAGCCCCAGAGAUUCCGGACAACGUGGGAGAUUGGCUUCGGGGCGUCUACCGCUUCGCCACCGAUAGGAAUGAUUUCCGGAGGAACUUGAUACUCAAUUUGGGACUUUUCGCUGCAGGAGUUUGGCUGGCCAGGAAUUUGAGUGACAUUGACUUAAUGGCACCUCAGCCAGGGAUGUAG